AUGGGUACUGGCGUGAGGCCCUGGUGGAGUCCAGGCCUGGGAGAGCCGCUGGGGAGGAAGGGUCUGGACCUGAAGCUAUCACUGGAGGUUAAUGAUUCCCCAGGGGGGUGCCCCCCCAACUUUGAGGACCUCUGCCAGAAAACCUUACAUUUGGUGCUGAAACCCAGGAGGAGCAUUUGGCUGCGCCAGCUGCUUGACUGUGCCACCCCCUUCCGAGAACUCUCACUUUCCGGACCCGGACCUCCGCUGACUGCCUUCGAGUCCCUGAUUGACGACCUUGGCCUGGCCAAAGGGGACUCUGGAGAUGAUGUGGAUCCUGAGGAAGUGGUCGCGGUCCUUCAUGAAUCCAUCUACCUCCCCCUGGAAAUACCGUCUGAUGAAGAGAUUGAGGACAUCAUCUGGUACUCCCGCAAGAGGCUUGCAACUGUGGUGCCAGAGAAAGAGGGGCAUCUCGCUACCGUCACAGUGACCGACCCACACUACCAGGGCCGAGUGAGCUUCCUGGGGCCCAGCUACUCCCUGCACAUCAGCAAUCUGACCUGGGAGGACUCAGGGCUUUACCAAGCUCAAGUCAACCUGGGGACAUCCCAGAUCUUUGCCACGAGGCACUACAAUCUACGUGUCCACCGAAAGCUGUCAGAACCCCAAAUCACUGUGAACUUUGAGAUCUCUGGGGAACGCACCUGUAAUAUGUCCCUGACAUGCUCUGUGGAGAAGGCAGGCAUGGACGUGAACUACAGCUGGCUCUCCUGGGGGGACAACACUGAUACAGUACAUGAAGGUCCUGUCCUCAGCACAUCCUGGAGGCCUGGGGACAGUGCCCUCUCCUACACCUGCAGGGCCAGCAACCCCAUCAGCAAUGUCAGUUCUCGUCUGAUCCCUGCUGGUUCCUUCUGUGCAGAUCCCAGAUAUCCUUCUGAGAAACCCUCAACAGCCUUCUGCCUCCUGGCCAAGGGGUUGCUUCUCCUCUUGCUCUUGGUAAUCCUGGCCGUGGGGCUCUGGAUCAUCCGAGUCUGCAAAAGAGGUGAAAUGCCAAGGAUGAAGAAACUCAGGAGAAACAGAAUGAAACUGAGGAAGAAGAGGACGCCUGACCCCAGCCCUGUCUGACUGCUCCUUGGGGAACCCAGUCCUGAGCUUUGAUUCUUCCCAGCCCCCAGGAUAUCCUUCCUCGACUCUCCUCCUCCAGGGUGGGAGGAGAGGGGCUCAGGGGUGGGCAUCCAAAGGGCAUCCUGAGGAAAGACUCUCUGGCAAUAAAGUCAAGUUAAGUGACCACUA